GACCCGUGUGUUGGAGACGAGCUUUUUAAUGGCACCGAGAGACUGGCGCGUUCAUCAAGUCUGCUGGCGAUGCCUUCAGCGCCUCCCACGCCGUCGCCCUUUGGCUGCUGCCACGUCCCCUACAGAGCGACGGUGCAGCAACGUCUGCGCCUCGUACAGGAGCUGCCCCUCAAGGAUCAAAUAUUUGACUAUUUAUUGCAGGUGCUACAAGGCACAGGACUGUUGGAGUACAGUCCAAUAUUCUACGGCUUCUACACUAAAGAGACUAUAUAUGUGCCAUGGGGUGACACGACGAAGAGCUACGAGCUCCCCCUCGCGUACCUCAGCGCGAUGUUGUUCCUGAUGGCUUUCUGCCUCGUCGUCAUGGUGAGGAAGGCUGCUCAAGGGCUGAGGGAAAACCUGCGCUCUACCGAGGGAGAAUUUUAUCAGGUAUGCAACCUAAUCUUCGGAGGUUGGGACUUCUGCGUUGACAACAACAAAGCGGCGCGCGUCAAGCACCGCGCCAUCUACAACGAGUUCUGUCGACAUCUCGACGCUGAGCGCUUCAGGGAGGAGAAGGAAAUGCGAUCACGUAAAGAAAGGUCAUUCCCUUACAUACAUCUGUUGAUCAACGUGCUGGUGCUGGGGAUCAUCGUGGGUGCGUUCGUGAUGGUCUGGUACGUCACGACCUUCUCCUUUGGUCAGCUGCGUCUGGCACAGGCGUCUGUCACUGCCGGCAACAACGCCAGUUAUGCAAGUGCUCUGACAUCGAGUAAUUCAUCGCGUGAAUUCCUCGACUCUUACUCCGAAGUGACGUUUGGAAUCAACAACAGCCAUGCAACCGGUCCAAUAUUUGUGGGGAGUGAACACGUCACCUUCACUCCUGAGGCUGCCAGCAAUGCUGCUGACACUACCUGGAGAAGUGUUAUGACGUCACAGGAUGUUGUCAGUGCUGAGUACGAUACUGCCUUCGAUGCUGACGAUGUUGUCUAUGACACCCAAACGCCUAUUGAUGCCGUGGGUGUGGUGAUUGUACCUGACACGUCAAAUGCAGUUCUUGUUGAGUCACAAGUGGAGUUUGUGCCUGACUCAUCAAAUGCAGUUCCUGUUGAGUCACAAAUCGAGUUUGUGCCUGACACAUCAAGUGCAGUGCAAGACGAAUCGGACCAAUUGCGCGUAGCAUCGACAUCAGGAGCGGCGCAGGUUCUGCGCUCUACGCCCGUUGCUCGCCUGGUCACGGCUUCUUCUUCAAGUUUCACUCCCCUUUUGACAAACGCCAAAACCACGAGCGCCUUCAGUGUCGAUGAAGGCCUCGAGAAAGUUUCCGAAGAGCCUGCAUCUGGGGACGACUUGCAUCCCCUGCUCAUGCUGGUCUAUAGGUACCUGCCUUCUGCCACCAUCAUCGCCCUUAACAUCUUCGUGCCCUUGCUUUUCAAUCAGCUAGUUUUGCUGGAGCGCUACAGCACAACUGUGGUGCUGCGGCUGACGCUAAUGCGUACAGUGGUGCUGCGGCUAGCGUCACUGGGCGUGCUGUUGUACGCCUUACGCAGCUUCACCCUACGCAGCUACACCGUCGACUGCCCUACACCCUCCCUGCACAACUGCGCCUCUGCCAACUGUAAAGGGCAAGUGCUGUGCUGGGAGACGUACGUGGGACAGGAGCUGUACAAGCUCACUCUCCUCGACCUCGCCGUCACUGCCUUCAACACCUUCUUCGUGAACCUCCUCAGAAAGGUGGUGGGACAACAUCUCCUGAAGCGCACGUCAUUCGGUCAGCGGGUGGGAGCGAUGGAGUUCGAGAUUCCCAAGCAUGUGCUGGACAUUGUCUACGGCCAGACCUUGUGCUGGCUCGGCAUGUUCUACGCGCCCCUCCUGCCUCUCAUCACCGCCUUCAAGCUCGUGCUCGUGUUCUACAUCAAAUACUUCGACUGUAGCUUCAACAGUCGGCAGUCGUCUCAGUUCUACCGCACCUCGCGCUCCAACGCGCUCUUCAUCUCCAUCUUACUCAUCUCCUUCAUCGUGACCAUCAUACCAGUCGGCUACUCUAUAGUGGACCUCACCCCUUCCCUGGGGUGUGGGCCCUUCAGGGGACUCGACGCUAUCUGGACCCAGAUGGUCAACCUCAUUAGCGCGCUGCCUGAGUGGAUACAGUCUGUAGUUUUCUUCCUCGGCACCGCGGGCUUCGCAGUGCCCACGAUUGUGCUGCUAUCGCUGGCAGGUUAUUAUUACUACGCCGUAGCUUCAGCCAAUCAGCACUUGGUGCUGAUGUUAAAAGGGCAACUGGUGCUCGAAGGCCACGACAAACAGUUCCUGCUCAACAGACUUGAUCUGCUCAUCAAGCGCGUCAACGAGGACGAUGACAGGAGGCGGCGCCAUCACAGGCGAAACUCAGACGUGUCGCCUGGUGCCAGUAACGACAUCACGCUACAAAUCGGUGCCUCGCGAUAGUGGCAUUAUAGUAGCUACUUCUGAUCAUCAUGUUGGCAAUUUUCAACUUUAGGGUUUUUUUUAACUAGAAUAGUUCGAGUGAAUUUCGAAUUCAAAACCGGCGCCUGUGACUCAGCUGAUGAGAACCGGAUAAUGGUCUCAGUGCUAGAGCAUGUGCAAUCAAGUCCUUUGUGAUGAACUCACAAUUUUUUACUGUAAAAAAAUUUCUUACUCUGACUAUGUUUUAUACGCCAGUAACGACAUCGCACGCCAUGUGGCCGCUUAAUAAUAGGAAUAAUAUCCUCGUUGUAGCGUCGGCUGAAGUAGUGGGUGAUUGGUUAGAGAUUAGAGCUAAUUCAUAACCCACGCCGGCAGAUUUUAUCAUGAGAAAAGUUUGGCUGUAUAUUUUGUUAACGACAUAGUGGCGUUUGAUGGUGAAUUCGCUGCCGGUGUCAAUUUUAUUCAUAUUCAAAAUGAUUUGGGAAAAUAUUUAUUGAUGCAGUGUCCACUACUGAAAUUAUGUCGGUGAAACUAAAUAAUCGUGAUUUAGAUAUUCUAGAUAAAAAUUUGCUUAUUUAUAUAUAUUUGGUUGAAUUUUGACUGAAAAGGAUUGACUAACGAAAUCUUGUUCAUUGUGGAGUUAUCGUCUUUUUUGUUCCACUUCCUACCGUUAUGCAGUCAAGCAUGACACGGAUAAAAACCACAAGGAAAUAUAUCUAAGCAAACUAGGUACAGAAUACAUGUAUCUAAUAUCCUCAUUAACUAGAUAAUGAACACAUCCAAGAAUUGUAUACUUUUUACUAUUGGUAUUCUAUGCAUUCCUCACCGAUGUUUGAUAUUUAUUAUCUUAUCGCGAAUCUCUUCAAAGAAAGCUAGUCGACUGAUCGUUACCCAUACAGAUUCACGAGGUAUUUAUCCGAUUAAGUGUUGGGUGCGGAGAAGCAUUCAUGAGCAGUCUUGAAUCUCGCAGUGAUCGUCCAAGUGACGGUUGGAUCUCAUUAAACAAUUCUUGGGUAUUAGUUACCGGCCCAGUAUUCAUGUAGAAUGAAGUUGCUUCAUUUGUUGAUUGUUGUUUACGUUGUUGUUGUGGUGAAUUGAGCGCCAUCUUGCCAGAACGCGACCCAAUCGUGUAUGAUCAGAUCUUUUCAUAGUUAAUUAAUUUAUUAACCGUACACAUUUUGUAUGUCUUACACCUGCACGAAUCCAAUAUAUUAUAAUUGACAUGUAAUAUCUUUGUCAAU